UGACCACUUUCACAGUGCAGCCAGGAGGUAAGAUCUUGCAGCUCUUUGCUCUGCAACACUUUAACUCUGUCGUGAUAGUUCUCAGGUCACAAACUUGAGAUUACCUUCCUUUUGACUUUCCUUUUGUUUUUGUAGUCAAAGUGAUGUGCCAGUUGAGAUUUAGCAACGACGUGGAAGUGUUGAGCAAAUGUUCUGAAAUCGCAGCUCACAGUUAAGUUAGCGUCAAAGGAAAAAUCCACAGUGACUGUUGCUGUAAUGAGUAAACCGCGUUUCAGUGGAAGCCCCUCUUCUCUGUGGUGUGUGAGGUGUAUUGACAUUCUGCAUUGUUCUGUCACAUGUGGACUGAUGCAUAUACAUCUGGGCAUGUAGAGGAAUACGUGAGGUCUUGUUUGAUCUCUUUAUUUGUUUCAUGUGUAAUCUGUGAUUGCACACGUCUUUCAACACUACAGUGAAAAUGAAAAAAAAUGCUUCAUCUUUAGCUGACGGGAAAUGUUGGUGAUGAGCUCUGGAGAACUACUGGAAGUUGCUUGUGGUGAUGAGUCUGGUUGUGAGCGUAGACGCGCUGCCAGAGCUGACUCAAGGCCUGCAGCCGCUCACACAGGUCUUCCAGGAAGCAACCGCUCUGGGUGGGAAACGAACCAGAGACCUCGUGACUGGUUUGUUUCUUUCUCACGGCUUUCAGUCUCCGUAUUUGGGUCCCAAUGUAAUCAUCAGUCAGGUGUCUAUUGCUGUCACUGCGGUGAUGAGCUGAUAUGGCCUCCCACCCUCGCUUCUCGGAUGUGAACCCAGUCACCACUGAACCCCGGUCAGCCUGUAUUAUCACAGUCCUCUGCAUACACAGGAGUGUGUGAAAUGACUUGCACUGAUGGGACGAUGAUGAUUUUCUAGAGAAUGAAAACCUCUGAUCGAACUGUCAAACUGAGAGCCAUUGCUACUUCAAAGGAAACUUAAAUAAAAUGCCCACUGCAUCACAGCCUUCCUUCGUGAGCAUAUUUCACAUCUUCGCUCAUUUAUAUUUACAACUUGAGAGGCAUGCUGCACGUCGGCAGAGGACAGAUAACAGCUGUGUCCCUCUGUGAGCCAUGAGGCCUAAUUACAGCUGACGCUGAUUGUUUUCUCCAGCCUCCCGGCUGCUCUGGAUAGUAACAAGGACAGGGUCUUAUCUAUCAACACAGGCUGGCAUCCAGCUAUUCAACUGGCCGCUUCCUCUCGCCUCCCCACGCUCCACUUGUCUGCUAUAAGGGAAAGCCGUGUGGUCCCAAUUGAAAUGUUUGAGAAUGAGUCCCUCUUAUGACGUCAAUGAGACAUUAAAGGAGUAGAUUGACAUGUUGGGAAACACGUUUAUUCGCUUUCUUGCCAAGUGGAAAGGAAAGGUUGAUGCCACUCUUACAUAUGAGAGUGGGGCUUAAUUUUCUCUUCUAAUUCCUGGUAAAAAUGUUAAUAUUGUGCAUCCCAAAAUGUCAAACUAACAUCUAAAGUAUCCAGGUCUGGAUUUACAUUUGACAAAAACAGACCUAAUUUUGUUUUCACAAAAUGUCAGGCUUCAGGUGACGACUUUCUUUUUAAAAUUGAUAUCAAGCCAAAUAAGAAUUGAAGUGUAGUGACCUGCAAAAAAGGAAAGGCGGAAACUAGAACACAGACGUGCGUCAUCCAUCAAUAAUGCAAGGCUUGGCCUUUGGUUUGGUGAGCAGCUCUGCCAUCAGUGAAGCAUCACUGCUCCUCUUGCAGCUGAGGAAUCUGGGGAUUUGCCAGGAGAGGGGUUGAAUAAUAGGGGGAAACACCCUUGUGACGCUGGCAUAAAAAGUCAACAUGAGGACAUGAGCAGUUUGAGCAAAUCAGGAUUUGGAGCAUAAAAUAUUGUCCAGAAGUAGUGUAGAUUGUUUCAAAUGUCAUCAAACUUGUAUUGUAGAGGGUCUGAGGUUACUCUUAUCAGAUUAACUGUCUGCGUCAUCGGGUCGCAAACUUGUAGUUUUGAACUCGCCUCGGGAGAAAAGAAUAUCACAAGAGGGUUUUUCCACAGUUUGGUACAACUAUCUUCUUGGGAGGUCUAUAUCCGGCUCUGACGUGGAUCAAAGGGGCAUCAUCUCCAACCACUAUCUCACUUAUUUGUAUGUUUAGUCAUUCAGCUCCAGAGGACUAAAGAGGAGGUCUGAGUCCAGAGGAGGGGAGGGUUAAAGGACAGGAGGCGGAGACAGGAACCAAAAACAAGACUGUGAAGCAGAGAGAGACAGAGAGAAGGACCUGUGAGAGUGGUAUAGAUGAUCAGACUGAGACUGGUUUCCUAAAGAUGGAUUUAAGUUCGCUUGAAGCUCUGGAGAGAGAAAGAGUACUGGAUGUUCUUCGGAGAGACAAACAGCUGCGUACUAUUGAAGAGGACAGGAUAAGGAGGAUGAGAUAUGAGCUCCAGGAGCUGCGCAGGAGAGGCGCAAAGAGUUUCUCCCGGCAGUACAGCGAGCGGACCUGCGCCCGCUGCCAGAGGCCGCUGGGGAAGCUGUGGAACUGCGGCGCGGUGUGUCACGGCUGCAGCCACCGCAUCUGCAGCAGGUGCCGCGUGGGCGUGGGAGCGGCGGGCUGGAAGUGCACGGUGUGCCACGCCUACAGGGACGUGAAGUUCAGGUCUGGAGAGUGGUUCUUAGAGCAGAGGGCAAAGAAGUUUCCAGCCACCACGGACACAUAUGAGAUGGUUGGGGAGAAAAUAUUAAAGACCUACAACGUGCUGAGUUAUAUAUCAGUUGUGCCUCCCACUCCUCCACCAUACUUGGAUUUUCAGUAUCUGAGCAGAUCUGGGGAUUUGAAAAACUCAAAAACUUUAACCAAAUCUAUGGAAAAUCUAAUAAUGUACUUCACCAGUCACAUUAAAAAGAUUUCCACGUCUCAGAGCGAUGUGCGAGGAGACCUGCUGAGAGUUGACACCCACCAGAGAGGGUCGGGCUUCGACUACAGCACCCAAAAGAGCCUCUCUGACACUGACAUCAAGAAAUCUAGUCAUCUCUUCAAAGGACCCAGUCUUCCAAACCUGUUCAAGAAAAACAAAGACAGCGACCAGGAAGGCUUCUCCACCGGGGCGGAAGAAGAAACUUCCUGUGGUUCUGAGUACUCUGGAGGAAAGAGGGGCAGCAGCAGCAGCAGCAUCAGCACAGACUGCGGGUUCAUCGAGAGCAUCAGCAUAGUAGGAGAGCUGGAACUGGCUCUGGCCUUCAACACCGACACGUCCUGUCUGGAAAUCACUGUCGGCGCCUGCAGAAAUCUCUCCUACGGAGACACCAAGAGGAAGAAGUGUCAUCCAUAUGUCAAACUCUACAUGCGGCCGGGGAAGAGCGGUAAAAUGAAGACGACGGUCAAGAAAAACACGACGGAUCCCGUUUAUAAUGAAGUUUUAAAGUAUGACAUAGAGCGCAACCUGCUGUUUGGCAAGAGACUGCAGGCGUCUGUGUGGCAUUCAGGAACCCUGAGAAGGAAGGUGUUCCUCGGGGAGGUCCUCGUCCCGCUGGACGGCUGGAGAUUCGAGGACAAAGACUCCCAGUGCUUCAACUGGUACCCACUUUGUCCAAAGGCUGAGUGUCCAGAGGGGGGCGCUGUGGAGCAAGAUGUUGGAGAUCUGCUGGUCAGAGUCAAGUUCAGCUCCAAGAACCAGGGUGUCUGACUCUGGGAGCAGGCAGAGAGCUCAUCCAGACAACGCUCAUUUCUGAGGGUGAGAAGGCUCUCUGAUCCCAGAGCUGUGGCCCCUGAGGGCCUUUGAGGGCCCCCUGAGGAGGGGCUCAGACAGACCCCGGGUCACCAUGGCAACUGGAGUUGGACACCCCAACAGGUGUAGUGAGGUCAGCUUCCUCUCACCAACAUCAACAUCUGGAGAACGUGAUGACAUUCAACGUCUCUGCCCGACAACAGACUCGGCACGUCAACAUGUGCACCUUGCAGUAUUUAUAUUGUAUGAACUGGAAGCCAUCAUUCAUUCAUUUAACAUAGAAAGACAUAUUUGUUAUUUAUUUAUCUAUCAAACAAAAUUAAUUUAUAAUUAAAAGUAUUUAAGUCUGAAACUUUAUUAUCCCUUUUCUUAAACUAACAAAGUGUGUAUAACUAUGCAGAAACUAUUUAUUUUAUUUUAGUAAUAUUUUGACUCGUGCUCAAAGUGAGAAUGCUAACUAGCUGAUACUAGCAGGUAUAAUGUUCACCAUGUUCACCAUCUUAGUUUAGAUUGUUAGCGUUUUAUCAAGAAACACAAAGCACAGCUGAGGCGAACGGGGAUGUGUGGAUGUGGGGAUGUGGGGAUGUGGGGAUGCAUCGUGCGGUCCCUGAAUGUGACAUGAAAUACAUGCGUUAUAUUUUGAAUAAAUGAAUGAUUGACUAAA